UACAAAAACAUGCUGCGGCUUUUCUUUAAAUAGCUGUGUAAUGCGCAUGGUCAUCGCAGCGAUAGAGCAGGAAAGUUCUUCUCCCUGUCACUGCUGGUGCCUUCCGUGAAGAGUACAGUAUGAUCAUACCUGUGAGAUGUUUCACUUGUGGGAAGGUAGUUGGGAACAAAUGGGAAGCCUACCUGGGUCUUCUACAAGCGGAAUAUACAGAAGGGGACGCCCUGGAUGCUCUAGGACUGAAGCGUUACUGUUGCCGCCGGAUGUUACUUUCUCACGUGGAUCUUAUAGAAAAACUGCUGAACUACGCGCCACUAGAGAAGUAAAAGAUUUAGCCAAAGCGAGGGUUCCAUCAUCACACGCUACAUAUGAUGCUAGUCACUGCGUGACCUGUGCUGAAACAGGGACCUCAGGGCUGGCGUACUACUGAUCUGCAACUCAGCCAUGCUGGGCCAAUGUGUGCAAUAAUUGUAAAAUAGAUUUGUUUGCUGCA